AUGCCGCCCGAUCCAGCGGAAGGGAAAUGGGCGCGCCGGAGACUCACUCGACCGAGUCGAUCGGAGCUCGUUCGCACGAUCGGCGCCGUCGUCGUGCCGGUCUCCGUCGCGAUGCUUCUUUGCGUCGCCCUAGUGGAGCUCCUUCGAGACGAUUUCGAAGACACCGGCGACGGCGGUGGGGUCUUCAGCGCGGUGUACACGGAGAAGACUUCGGACAAUGAUAUGGUGAAGUUCAAAGGAAGCGUGCUGAACGCGAUCGUGUUCGUCGUGUUCAUCACGGUGAUGACGUUUGGGAUUUUUCUGUGCUUCAAGUAUCGAAUGGGAACGUUCAUCUGGGCGUACAUGGGGUUCAGUGGAUUUCUCAUAUUCGGGGUUUUAGGGACUGAUAUCUUUAUGCGAUUGUUGCAAAGGUUAGACAUAGCGAUAGAUGUAGUGACGGUGGGGUUGGUGCUGUGGAACUUCACCGUGGGCGGGGUGUUGAUGACGUUCUUCUGGCCGGGUCCGCUAUUGGUGAAGCAGGGAUAUUUGAUCUGCAUCUCCACAAUCGUGUCGUUUUACUUGACACGAAUACCGGAGUGGACGACGUGGUCGGUGUUAAUAGCCAUGGCUCUAUACGAUUUGUACGCCGUGCUCACGCCGAACGGCCCACUGCGACUCAUGGUUGAGUUGGCCCAGGAGCGAAACGAGGAUAUCCCGGCGCUUGUGUACGAAUCGCGCGGCAUGAACGACGAUAGCAAUAAUGGAGCGUAUCAACGAGCGAGUGUGGAUGAUGGGGACGCGAGCGCGGGCGCAGGUGGCGAUGGUUCCAGAGGCAGCUCUGACGAGAAGUACGGUCUUCCCGAUUCCAUCAAACUCGGACUCGGAGACUUCAUCUUUUACAGCCUCCUCGUCGGUCGAGCCGCGAUGUGGUCCUGGAUAACGUGCGCCUUCUGUUUCAUCGCCGUCAUUUCUGGCUUGGUACUCACGCUCUUCGCCCUGAGUGUACACGGCAAGGCUCUCCCGGCGUUGCCCAUUUCCAUUGCACUCGGCGCCGCAACGUACUUCCUCUCCAGCCGCUUCGUCGAGCCCUGGAUCGUGCAGUCCUACGCCCGCGCGAUGUGCGCGUGA